UUUUGGACGUUAACUAGGUACAAAAUAGGAAAAGCCUCUCUUGCUCCAGUUCUAAGGAAAUGCUCUCCUUUUUCUAACAAAGCUUUCCGCAGAAUACAAAGUCUGUUCACAAUAAACAAGAAAUCAGAUAAAACUACUUGGUAAAAUGACCUCUUGUAACUUCACUGAAGAACCUGUAAAAAAGAUUGCUAUCUUUGGAGGAACUCAUGGGAAUGAACUAACAGGAGUAUUUCUAGUUAAGCACUGGCUAGAAAAUGGUUCUGAAAUUCAGAGAACAGGGCUGGAAGUAAAACCAUUUAUUACAAACCCAAAAGCAGUGGAGAAGUGUACCAGAUAUAUUGACUGUGACCUGAAUCGCGUUUUUGACAUUGAAAAUCUUGGUAAAAUGAUUUCAGAGGACCUGCCAUAUGAAGUGAGAAGGGCUCAAGAAAUAAAUUAUUUAUUUGGUCCAAAAAAUAGUGAAGAUUCCUAUGACAUUAUUUUUGACCUUCACAACACUACUUCUAACAUGGGGUGCACUCUUAUUCUUGAAGAUUCCAAGAAUGACUUUUUAAUUCAGAUGUUUCAUUAUAUUAAGACUUCUCUGGCUCCAUUACCUUGCUAUGUUUAUCUUAUUGAGCAUCCUUCCCUCAAAUAUGCAACCACUCGUUCCAUAGCCAAGUAUCCUGUUGGUGUAGAAGUUGGUCCCCAGCCUCAAGGUGUUCUGAGAGCUGAUAUUUUGGAUCAAAUGAGAAAAAUGAUUAAACAUGCUCUUGAUUUUAUACAUCAUUUCAAUGAAGGAAAAGAAUUUCCUUCCUGUGCCAUUGAGGUCUAUAAAAUGAUGGAGAAAGUUGAUUAUCCCAGGAAUGAAAAUGGAGAAAUUUCUGCUAUUAUCCAUCCUAAUCUACAGGAUCAAGACUGGAAACCAUUGCACCCUGGGGAUCCUGUGUUUGUGACUCCUGAUGGAAAGAGUAUUCCUCUUGGUGGAGAUUGCACUGUGUAUCCAGUGUUUGUGAAUGAGGCAGCAUAUUAUGAAAAGAAAGAAGCUUUCGCAAAGACGACUAAACUAACACUCAAUGCAAAAAGUAUUCGCUCUUCUCGCCACUGAAAAUCACUGCUAGCUCACUUAUUAUAGGCUAUCUUGAAAAGCUCUACAAGUCUGUAAGUUCCUCAAAAGCAGGAUUGUGCCUUAUUCAAAUCCAUCUUCAUAGCACCUAGCCAAGUGCCUCACAUAAUAGCCAUCCAGACCAGUUUCUUAAAGGAAAAAAUAAAUUAGUGAACUUUUAAAGGUGUCAUAGUUCAUAUAUGUAGCUUAUUCAAAGAAGUGUGCUUCAUAUUUCUGUAUACCGUUUUAUACAUGUUGAUAACAUUCUUCAUAAACAGCCUUCACAUUCAAAAUAUAAAGUUAAAAUAGAUACCAUAUGCAAAGUUA